GAGACACCUAGUAUAAGCAUACAUAGAGCACGAGUGAGCGCCAAAAACCGUUCGAUACUGCUCAAAUUUCUGGCGGUUUUUUGUAAUGUAAAGUGACAGACAGAUAGUUUGAAGUGUUUCUUGAAAGAAUUAUAACAUGGUAGAGUUUCCGCUGGGAUAUCGCGAGGUCGUGCCGGAUCAAACUCUGCCAGAAAAAUGGAAAGAAAUUACCUUGAAUACAGGCGGAAGCCAAAGUACAUUGCAAGAUAUAAAAGUACCAGAAAGAGCAGGUGGCUAUUCAUACAAAAACUCUUCUAAAUAUUUUACUCGUAAUCGGUUUAUUUACUGGCGUAUUUGCCAUGACGUACUCGAAUUAGUUGAGCAUAGUCUGGACAUUAAUCUUGCAAACUGUCGAGUGAGAUACAAAUUUACGGAUACUCCAAUCUUGGAUGGAAUUUCUAUUCAUGAAACAGUCAAUUCUGUCAUUAUUUUGAUCGUCACUGUUUCCAGUGUUCACAAACUUUCCUUUUCUCAUCCAGAUAAGAUUCACAAACAAGAAAAUUUAUUGGGUGCAUAUACGGACUUUAGUGUACAAUCUAUAUUUAGUGAAGCCUCUGCACAAAGUGCCAGAGAUCCUCAUACAUUUCACAUUAUUUCUAAUGCUGGAACCACAAACUCGCCAGUGCCUCAUGCAGCAGCAUCUUGGCUUAUAUUACCUCAAGAAGAAGCGUUAUUUGCUCUUGCUUACAGUUCAGCUACUAUAUUACUCCUGAGGCUUGAAACACUCACAGGUUACGUACAUACUAAUGAACUGAAGCAAGACUCAAUAGUGCCCAAGUUUUUGAGUGGCAUAGCCACCGCAUUUAGAGGUCGCAAUAUCGAAGCUCAUGUUGCUAUGUCCCUAGUUAUACACAAUUACGGUAGCGAUACAUACCUAUUCGCGUUAUAUCGUGAGGGUAAUGUACGCAUAUGGUCGUGCAACAAGACACAGUGCAUAGCUGUGACGGACGCAGCAAUCGAGAAUCGUGUUGUGUCUCAAGGUGCGCAAGGUCACGUCUUGAGGAAAGCUCUCGGCAACGAUAACGAACUGUAUCUUGGAAUCUUCUUAAAAUUCAGCACGGGAUGCGAAUUCAGCAUUCUGAAGUCUGUAGAAGAGAACGGCAUAUUCAAGUUCGUUAGACUGUGUACAUUGUAUGCGCCGGAUCAACAUCUGGUGGAUUUUGCAUUCACACCCACUAGAUUGUGGGCAGUGUGGAGAACGGCGGACAUGGAUGCCGUGGCAGUGACGCACGCACAAUUAUCGCUGAAUAGCACGCAUCGCGUUAAUUCCGAAUGGGAAACCACGAUUUUGGAACAAGCGCGCGACAGAGAUUACAUCGUGACCGACCCCGGAACUGAUCCGAGACAAGCGUACAUUAAUUACAUUUUUCAUCCUGGACAAUUUUCGCUGGCGGACAUCACGAAAGCAUUAAGCAUCUAUAGAAGAUCCAACGUAUUAGCGGAAAUGACCUUCUCACCGGCCGUUUUGAAAGAAAGAGUUUGCAUGGCCGUAGAGGCGGAGAUGCAGGCAGAAGUGAUGGAUUACGUGAUCAUGGACGAAGAUUAUCUGGAAAUCGCCAAUCGAUGCUGGUCAAAGUUUUACUCGUGUGUCGUGCAGUAUCACGCAAAUGGCACGCGUCCUGUCGGUUUACUGCUAUUACCGAGCGUUUACGGCGUCGUCUUAUUGAAGAAGUCUUCUUUCUCGCUUCUAAGACCUAUGGAAGCUUUGGAACAUCUGAUGCUCUGCAACGACAAGUCCUACACCUCUCGUUUUAAAACGACGCCUGUUCUAUCGCAGGACGAAGACACGUGCCAAGAUCUGAUUAUUCUAAUGUCCGCGUUAGUCAUGUUGGGCGAGCAAUUGUCUGAAGAGACUAAAACGGAGAUGGAAAAGGAACUGUAUCAUCUGAGAAGUCCAGAUAUCAUAAUCGAUGAUUUGCUGUCGAAGCUAACGUUGGAACCCGACGAUCCACUGUCGGAUUUCGACUUCCAAUCGGAACUCUAUCACAAAUUGAGCACCGUUAAAGAUAUAUCGGCUGCCAUAGCCAUGCUGUUGGAAGCGUUAACGUACGAUCUUGGACAGCCAAAUAAGCUACAAUUCGAGGAGGAUCACGACGCUUCGAAGACCUUGUUGAACGUCAAUCAUCUGUUCGGCAGCCAGCUAGGAAUUUCCACGAUAACGGAAAGCGUGACGCAAAUAGCGCUCUUGAGAUUCUCCAUCUGCAGAGAUCUGUUGAUCUUGCAACAAAUCGUAUUACUGCGUCCCGAAAUAUUUGACUCGAGAUCCUUGCACACCAUAAGAUCGUCAUUGGCACCAAGAACCGUUGUACUUACUCAAGCUUACUAUGUCGUCACAUGGAUAUGCGAGUCUACAGCAGCAUACACUCCUUCACAAUCAUUACUCGAAUCCAGCUCCCAGCGUCUUUCAACGUUAAAGCUCACCGAUCCGCGAAUUAACGUUGGACAAAGGCAGCAUCGGUCCAUGUCGCUCUUAGAAUUGUUUAUUCAUAGCAGCGGCGCCAAGCACGCUCAUAUUCUGAUGGCCCAAAUGAGCAUGGAUCCGACGAGUCUAAUACCUUGGCAUUACAGCAUGCUGACACAUGUGACGCUUAUUGCGCAACUUAUAUGGCCAAUAUCCGGAAACUUUAUCUUCCCCGAAUGGUUGCUCUCCAGUUGUCAAUUCCUGCUCGUUCAAGAAUACGUGAGACUUCUGAACACGUGGUGCGAGUGGAACAGCGCCUCGAGGAAAUUUAUACUAGCGGUUGCCUUGCUCGAGAUGGGAGAGAUGCAGAAGGCGUGCGACCAUUUUCUUCGUGCUUCCAACGGAAUUUUGAGUGACGUAUUCCUAGCAGACGCUUUACUCGACUCUAAUGUGACGUCGGGCAACAACGCUCUGAUCCAUUAUUACCUGAAAGUUAUCAAAUUGUUCGAGGAACACAGCGCGUCCGACUGUAUAAUAGAGAUCGCCGAAACUGCCAUAGCGACCGCCGACGCGGACGAUCCGAAUUUGCCGACGCUUCAUUCUAUUAUAUUCGCGCAACACUUGAGCCUGGGUCACCACACGGAAGCUUAUCACUGCUUGAACGCGAACCCAGACGCCGCGCGUAGAGUGGACUGUUUGCGGCAAUUGGUCGUUACGCUGUUCGAGAAAAAGCUGUUGAUAGAUUUAAUUUCUUUUCCGUACGUCGACAUGUACGAGGAUCUUGAGAGAAUAGUAGAAGGCAGAGCCAGGAGCGUCGAUCUGAUGGAAAACAAUUAUUAUAACUUUUUGUACAGCUUCCAUGUCAAUAAGCAAAACAUGCGGAAAGCGGCAUCGGUGAUGUACGAACAAGCUAUGCGUUUAAGCCAAGAACCUCAUUCCGCGCCAAUUAUAGCGAAGCAAGCUCAAUGUUUACUAGCGUGCAUUAACGCGUUGUAUCAUGUAAGCGAGAAGUACAGGUGGAUUGUAAGACCUGUAGUCGAUCAGAGCGUUUCGGACGAGAUGAACUCGUCGAAUCCACAGAAGAAGAGAAGCAUAGACGGAAAAGAGGUGUUGCACUAUAAGAUAAAGAAGCAAGUCGAAGUGCUCGAGUUGGAUGAUAUCAAGAAAGAAUAUUAUAUAGUAGACGCGAGAUUAAAGAUAUCGAAAAUAAAUUCGGAUAUGCACAUAGUUACACAUACUGAACCACCCGAGCUUAUUGUCACGUUAUGCAGCAUUGGCUUGUACACAAUGGCGUUACACUUGUGCGACGAAUUUAAAAUUAGUAAAACCUCUGUGCUUGAGAGUUUGACUUCUCAGUGCAUCAAAUUGAGCCAACGCGAGGAUCCGAAUGCCUGGGAUUGGCUGACGCAAAACGACAUAUUUGAUAUCGGAAUAUCUAAUACAACCAUAACGAAUACGGCUUGGAAAUUAUUAGAGUACUUUACGUUAAAGCAUGAAAAAGAUAAUAACAGUGAACUGCAUAAAGCCGUUGCGCGAAAAUUAUUGCAAGAUGGAGCCUUCCUGCCGCAAUGGUUAUUAAUAUCGUACAAAAAGCGAAACGCCUCGGAGCUUCUUCGUCUCAUGCUGAAUAGCGGCCGAUUAUUGGAAGCCAGUGACUUAGCGAUAGAUUAUAUUAACGCAGUAUUAGGUUAUGGACUAGAGCAUUUUGGUCUUAAAACACCAUUAGUGGCUAUCGCACCGCCAACUUGGUUGCCGUUUAAUACUAUAGAAGUAUUAUUAAGUGAACUAGAAGAUUUAAAUAAGGAUUCUGUUUACAUAGAGAGCUAUGAGAGAUUAAAUUCAACGCUGGAAAAAUAUCUAGAAAUAGCAGAGCGUGUUUCAGAAGCUAUGAUUAAAAAGAAGAUGAUGAAUGUACACUCCUAGUAAAUCUGGCAAACUCUGUGUGUCUACUGUUUGCGUAUCACCCCUCAACUGGUCUCCUGUGAUGUACAUACUUGUAUCAGAUUAUGUUAUC